AUGUCCUCACGUAAGUUGGAUCCACAUUUUGGUGGAACUGCUGAUAAUAUGGCAUUCUGUCAAACGCUUUCUAAUAGUCGACGAAGGUUGGGACGAGAGGUAGGCGGUCUCGGCAACCUCGAUGGUCCUCGAAACUGUCUGGAUGUGAUCCACGCAUCUGAAUCCCUUCCAGCUGCUUCUACAGGUUGGGCUUCAUCCAGCGUCCUUGACGAGCUAGAAUAA